AUGAAGCAUCAGUCGCAACGGAUUCAACCACCUUGGACAUCCUGGGAGACAUGUUCUUGAAGGCCGAACUAGAUCACCGACAUCGCAAGUUCAAAGGGUUCAACCCGAGCAAGAGACGAUUCCAAUUCCGGCAACUUCCAACGUUCACAUCGAACCACAGCUUUAAAUUAAUGUAGAAUUACCAGGGUGACACUGGUGCACUCGCGUCUUUAGGACCAUUUGAAAUGUGUUGCUAGAUUUUUUUUAUUUGCAUGCACCAAAAGGUCAGAAAGUUUGAACAUGGCAACUGAUCCGAUCCAAAAUAUCCGUAGAAAUAAUUUGAUGAUUAUCGAAGACGGAAGUAAUUUGAAACAAUUACAACAUAUCCUGUUUGAAACAGCUAUUCGAUAUGCAACUGGAAACAAACAUGUAAUUUUUGUAACUGAAAAACCAAUCGAUAGUGUUCCACCAGAAGUCCUUAGCAACUACAGCUCAAUCUACAAGAAAAUUAUAUUUGUUUAUUCAAAAUCGGCUGAAGCAAUCCUAUUGAAAUUGAACGAUAUCAAAGCCUGGAACUUCACGCCAACGUUAAUCAUUGUGGAAUCCAUUCAGAAUCUGCUGCGCAGGCCGAGAGCGGGUGAGGAUCUGGCUUUCUCCUACAACGUUUUCCUCUCAUCGGUUUUGGAUUCCGUGUGCUACUAUUCACGCAAGCAGGGAGACCGAACGCAAUGCAUUAUGACGGUGGAAAAGGAUGUAGUCGACACGACGCACUUGCUGGUGGAGCAAUACUUCCAGGAGCAGAAUGUGGUCGCUGGACUAAACAUCAACUCGUGCUCUGAUGUGCUGGAUUUAUUGAGAGAAUGUUGUUGAACAUUGCCCGUUUUAUUUCCACGAUUUGAUCCGCUAUAGUGGUUUCUGCUUUUAGUAGUGUUGCGUGUACGUACACGCUGCAUUACACGAACACCACUUGAGUUACUGGUUGAAAAUAGUAAACAAAGAUCAGCUGUUCCCAGCAAAAUUAAAUGGGCAUAUUUUCAACCAGUAGAUUUGCAUUAGUGUUCGUGACACCGCGCUGCGAAACCACUAUUUCCAUGUUAGAAAAAAGUUGUUGGAAGUCUAAGUUUUAAGUUUUCUAUUUCAGAAUAAAAUAAUCGAAUACAGGUUAUUAAAGACUUCGCAAGUACCUUUUCAUUAAUAACACUAGUUUACAAAAUAAAACGAAAGUCGUAAACUUCUAUCAACGAUCAAAAUUCUUGAAGCAUAAUUUAGCGCUGAUUUUGAAACCGUGCUCCAAAAAAAUUAAAGUAGAACAGUUUUUGAGCUUUAGCUCAAUAUCGAGUUUUACAACUUUUUAAAAUAUGGAAUAUAAUAAAAUUCAAAUAUCUAGCGUUUUGUUCAACCAAUUUUAAAUCUUUUUCCAUAAAUUAAAAGCUGAAUAUAAUACCAUUCGAUCAUCUGAAUGCAGGUUUUGCGUCAGAUUAAUGAAAUUCAAGAUAUUGGCGAGUUUUGGUGACCAUCUCCUUAAUUUUUAGCAAAAUUUCCAAAAAUUUAUGAAGAAAUUUUUUUUUUCAAUACGAAAAAAAACAAUUUAAAAAUUCUUUCUCAACGUUUAUUUGACACGGUAAAAAAAAUCAGCUCAAUCGGAGCAUUACGGAGAAUGAGAUGUGUGAAGUGAGCGACGUUGCUUAAAAAUAGAACAAAAAUCGAUUUCUAAUCAUCAACCUUGUAUGAAAAGUCGAAAAAAAAUCCGCUCUACUGUAAUUUUUUUCCUUCGCGUUUUUCGAACUCAGGGCAUGAUUCUACACCAAAAACGAUCAUCAGCUUACCGAGUUCAAAAAUGCUGUAAACGAGUGUAAUAAUAUCUGGCGUUUGAUUUGAGUAUGUCGAAUCUACAUAGGAAUCACAGCAAACAUACGACCUAUUCAAAUCGAACGCCAUAUAUGUUUCCCAAUCGUAAAAUUAACCAGAGGCCAUACUAUAAGGCAUUUUAUGAGACGUUUCAAAUCAGCUGUUUUUUGAAUGUUUACCAGCUUUGAAGCCCACCCGGUGGGCCCAUUUAUUUACAUUUUCGUUAGCAUAACAUGUGAUACGGACCCAUCCAAUAAACGGGGUUCAUUUAUCUGCAAAAAUGCGUCAAUCCGCCCACUAUAAUUAAUAUCCGUAGACCGUGAGAAUGUUUUUUCAUCUGCUAGUGACAUCAUACAGCUCGGGGGAUUGAUACAUGCCGCAUUAGAAACCGAAACA